GCCCCAUCUUUAGGGCAGAGCAUUGCACACUGGCUUUCUGGGCCUCUUGGGUUUCCAGCUCAGCAGUCAUGGUCUCUGAAGGCUUUGCCUCUCUCGCUUCCUGUUUUCUGAGUGUUGCUACCGCCGUGUUAAGUAAUGCGUAGAAUUUAAUUUACUUCCCCUUUCUGGGCCAGAGCGAGCUUCACCUCCACUGCAGUGUCCUCCAGGUUUCUCAAGAUGCUUUGUUUUGUUUUCUUCAGUGAAACAUGGAGUUGACCCAAAUGCCAGCCUCUGGGACACGGUCUUGUCUCUUUCCUGAGGACUAGCUUGGGCUACUUGGCUUUAGAGCGGAACUUCACAGUCUGGCAACCUACUACCCUUCAUAAAGGUUGACAUAAUCCUGGACCACGCAGAUGAUGAGGAAUGGAGGCGUCAGAACCGACCCACCCUACCCCAUCGGCCACGGACCAGCCAGCCUCUGUACCCGGCAUUCCAGGGGGCCUAGGGGGGCAGGCCUCACCUCGCCUGACCCUGGGUCCUGUUAUCCUGCCACCAGAGCAGGGCCUGGCCCCAACUGUGUUCUUGAAGGCAUUGCCUGUCCCCUUAUACCACACGGUACCUCCUGGGGGCCUCCAGCCACGUGCACCCCUGGUGACAGGCAGCCUGGAGGGGGCCAGCGUACCUUUCAUUCUCAGCCCCUUGCUGCAGCCUGAAGGACCCAGUGCCACCCAGGUGGGCAAGCCAGCCACCCCCGCCCUGACUGUGAACAUUGUAGGCACAUUGCCUGUACUCUCCUCGGGUGUGGGGUCUGCACUGGUCAGCACAGGCAGAGUGAAGAAUACUGGUAAGUACCUGUGCCCCCACUGUGGCCGGGACUGCUUGAAGCCCAGUGUGCUGGAGAAACACAUCCGGUCCCACACAGGUGAAAGGCCCUUCCCGUGCCCUACCUGUGGCAUCGCCUUUAAGACCCAGAGCAACCUGUAUAAACACAGGCGGACACAAACACAUCUCAACAACUCCCGCUUGUCCUUGGAGUCUGAGGGGAGUGGGAGCAGCCUUCUGGAGGAGGGAGACAGGCCCGGAGAGACCGCCUCAGUGGAUAGUCGUGGAGAUGAAGGUGCUCCAGAGAGAGCCCUUUCCCCAGGUGCCCUCCCCGCCCUUGCUGCUCAGAACAGGGAAAGGAAGGUGGAAUCGGCUCCCUCUCUCGGGGCCACCCUUUCCCACAGGGAGGCCUCUGCGGAUCACACUCAGAUGGUGUCACCUGAGUUUUCACUAGCCAGCCCGCAGCCUAGGCGGAAGCUGCCAGAACCAAAGCCAUGCUUCCUGCAGCGACAGCAGGAGACCUGUUCAGAGAAGCCCUGGGACCCCAAGGCCUUGGAGGGCCAGCUGAGGAAGUGUGAGAGCACAGACUCUGGCUACCUGUCGCGCUCAGACAGCGUGGAGCAGCCCCCUGUUGCCUCUAGCCCAUUGCAUAGUCUAUCGGAGCACAGUGCGGAGUCUGAGGGGGAAGGAGGCCCUGGCUGUUCCUCUUCCGGCAACAGGGCUGAACGAGGAACCCCAGGGCCCAGCCUGGAGUUAGAGAAGAAGAAACUGGAGGAACGAAUUGCCCAGCUCAUCUCCCACAACCAGGCGGUGGUAGAUGACCCACAGUUGGACCAUGUGCGGCCCCGCAAGACUGUGCUGUCCAAGCAGGGCAGCAUCGACCUGCCCAUGCCAUAUACCUACAAGGAUUCCUUCCACUUUGACAUCCGGGCUCUGGAGCCCAGCCGCAGGAGGGCUGCCCUCAGCCCGGCCCGCUCCACCUUCACACCCCUGGAAAAGGCCAGACCUCUCUUUUUCCACUCAGUCCCCACGCAGCUCUCCACUACAGUGGAGUGUGUCCCUGUCACCAGAAGCAACUCGCUGCCUUUCGUCGAGGGUUCUAAGUUGUGGCCAGAGCAACGGGACCCACAGGAUGCUGUCCCAGGAAUGCAGAAGGCCCUGAGCCCCAGGCCCACCCCAGCCCGGCUGGGAUGCCGCCCAGGACUGACCUUGGCAAGCAUCUCCAGUGGUCACCCACGGGCCCUGGUAAGACAGGCUGCUGUGGAGGACCUGCCGUGUACCCCGACUGGAGACCCUUCAGCCGCUGCUGAGGAACUAGAUGGAAAGAGAGCUGUGGCAAAGGAGGGUGUGGUGUACAAGGGCAGAGCCAGUAAAAAGUGUAGCCAGAGGAAGCAAAGGAUGUUCUCCCAGGAGAAAUGGCAAGUGUAUGGAAAUGAGACUUUCAAGAGAAUAUACCAGAAAAUGAAGACCAACCACCAGGGAGGACAGAAACACAGGCAGGUGAAACAGGGCCAGGGGACAGAACUGGACUUUCCUCCUCCUCCUCCUCCUCAGAAACAGGGGGGAGGAGGUGAGGAUACAGGCCUGUCUCAAGACAGUAGGAUCCCUAUCCUUGGAGACACUACAGCAGGAUGUAAGCUAGAGUCUUGGGGAAGUAGACCAUCCCUGGAAGACUCACUGGAGGCUGAGUCUCCUAAGCAACUGAAGGUGGUGACCAGAGUCAAAUCAUCUCCUACCCUCGGCAGCACAGAUAGCCUCUGUUUGAGUGGCAAGAGCUCUUUGCUCUCUCCAAGUGGGAAAUUAGAUCUGGGAUGCCAGCCGCCUCCGGUGCCUACGGCUUGCCAAGCAGGAGAUUUAGAAGCUCCCGAGACUGCUUCACCAGACUCAAGUGGUGAGGCUAUAAAAGAAACCAGCCCUGGAGCCCAAACCGUCCUCAGACGGUCCAGUGAUGGGUCUGUGGCUCUACAGCUUGCAGAAGACAAGUUACCUUCAGAGAGGAAGAGACUGAAGGUGGAAGGGCUGGACCAUCAGGAGCAGCCAGGGCCUCUGGAAGCUGAUACCUCAGGAGGCUCUGUGCAGGCUGACCCCCCACCGUCCGAGAGACAGGACAGUGACUCUGAGGAGUUGCUGGGUUGCUCAAAUAAGAGUACCCUGCAUGUGACCACAGCCCCGGAGCCCUCAGAUGUCUCCUCAGCCGCUUCUCCUGUUGCCCUGCAAUGGCCAGGGAUAGGGGACAAGGAUUCCCCAUUGCCUUCUGUACCCAGGACUCCUGGGCUUCACUCCCUCUUGCCUGCUCAGCCCCAGGAUCCUGGUGUCCCUAAUGCUCGGUCAGGUGGCUUCUUUCCUCCCAAGUACCUCCUCAGGUUACCUCAGGGAGAGAACCCCUCACCGAUAGUUGCUGCAGGGCCUGAAAAAGGCUCAGACUCUCUGUGUACAAGUACACAGCCUGUAGAACAGGCCCUUCUGGUUGGAUCAGAACUCGGAAUGCUCCGGCCACCUGGUGCAUACUCAGGCCCAGGUGAGGCAGGUGGCAGCCCAGACGACCCUAGCUGGUCCAGGUUAAGGGAUGGAAAAGAAGAGGCACAGACAGGAAGAGAGAAAAGAGAUAGGACCAAGGACAACAUCCUAGUGGUUGGGCACUCUCCUGUUCCAAUUACCAGCACCACCCAGGAGAUAGCCUCCGUUCUGUCUACUCACACCUGUGACAUUCGGGUGGCCCAGGAUGUAGUGAGUAAGACCCAUGCCAUCCAUUGCCUCUGCACAGACAGCCCACCAGCAAGAGCUAGGACAUAUGGGAAUCUCUUAAACCCUUGGACAUCAUCCCAGAAGCUGGGGAUACCGCCCAAGAGUGCCCUAGAAGGUCCUCCUUCAGAAACCAAGGAAGGGCUGCCUGCUUUCUUUUCCUCUCAAGCACACUAUUUCCUUACAACUUUUACAAAACCCCAGGAUAUUUCCUUGAACCAGCAGAAACCGGCCUUGUCACACGUCUUAGGAACCCCCAGGAGCUGUGAGGCCCCAAGCUCCUUCCCCUCACUUAAGACUGAACCCCAGCUCACAUGGUGUUGCUUAAGUCGAAGCCUGCCCCUGCCUGCAGAGCAGCGGAGGAUAGCUCCUGGACACUUGGCUUCAUCCUUGCCUAAUAGAAACCUCCAGGGCGACAGUAACAAAACACUACCCAAGAGCAAUGGAGGAAGGACCCAGACAAGCCAAGGAGGAGAAGUGUCUACACAGGCGCCUGAGCUUCCCUAUCCAUCAGUCCCAGAGCUGAGGGCUGAGGACCAAGUAUCCAGGCCACGGUGGAAGAAAGAACAACUAUGGCGUAGAAAGGUGAAGACAUCUCGUGAAAACACCAAACAGAAGAAACUGAGGCUUCAUUCUAAAAGGUGUGAAGGGAGUUUCUGGCAGAGAGCCAAACGCCUGUGCAAGCCACCCUGGUUGCCAAGAAGAAGCUGUCUCCCCCACCGACUUGAGGGGUUAGAGCCACGGGGGACCCUUGGGAGGAGUUCGGCAGAAGUGGCAGGUAACAUUUUCCUCGGUGGUGAAUCCGGACUAGGUCGAAAUGUACAAGGGGAGCCAUCUUGUGCCAGCAAAGACUUGUCUGUGUCUCAUGGGAACAAAGAAAAGGAAGGUGACUGUAGUCAGACUUCGAGACCCAUGUCUCCGGGCAUGAGCUCAAAAACCAUGUUGGAAAUGGACAAAUCAGCUCUGAAGGAUAUUUCUCCAACCACUGGUGAGCAUAAUGACUGUUCUCAGGAGAAGGAGCAUGCUGGUGGGUCCGGACUAUCUCCACAAUCCAACACGUUCUUGGCAGUGUUUCAGGAAGAUGUGCCUCAGGGCAAAGGUCUUGAUGUUGGACCUCCAGAAACUCAGCUGCCGCCUUCCCAGGAUCAAGUCUCUAUCACUCCCAACUUGUGCUUCUCCCCAGAUGUCCCAGAGCUGCCUUCUUCCUUUAAACCCAAAGGAACAUUUCCCCACCAUGACGUUGCUACCUCUGUGGCUGCCAUCUGUGUUUCUGCGGGGAUAAGAACAGGACGCAAAACCCUGCGGGCUCACAGUGCAGAAUCCUGUGCAGAGGAGACUCUGGCACGAAACUCCCCAGAUAGAAGAGGCACACCGGACAGCAUUCCACGGGUGCUCCUGCCAGGGAGGCCUUCACCUGGUAAACAAUCACCAGGACAAACUCUAGAAAUACCAAGUUCAGGACCAAGUUCAGUCAGUUCACUCCAGGAGGAAGCAAGAGCCCAGGCAGAUUUUCCUUGGUGGGGCCAGUACGGAUGUGGGGACCUGACCGUCCAGGGUGCUGCUUCAGGAAGUGAGAGUAGGACUUGUCAAGCUGAAGGAUUAAUUACCUCCAAGACUGUCACAGCUCCUUCUGACCCAGGACAACCCUCACAAGUCCCCGAGGAGGCCCCUUUGAGAUCCAUCCGAAAGAGGAGUCUGGAAGGAAUGAGGAAGCAGACACGGGUGGAGCUCAGCGAUACCAGCAGUGACGAUGAAGACAGACUGGUCAUUGAGAUCUGAUGUCAUCCCAGAGAAAGAUGGGGGCAAAUGGCCAAGGCCUAGGGCUCUUUUGGGAUAAACAUCACCAAGUGUCAUGGCACUGAACUUUAUUUAUGAAACAUCUAUAGACUAGGAAAGCCAUCUAUAAUUUCUUCAAGCCAACUCUAACCAACACCGUGCCCAGAUCCAGCCAUACCUUUCUUUAGCUUCUCUUAGACAGACCUUGGACUCUUCUACCCUGCCCACUACACCCUACCUCUCCCUUCCCCUGCCCACCAAACCUACCCCCACUCCCUGGAGCCUUCUUCAUUCAUCUGGAAGAGUCAGAAUGGUCAGGAAGGGCCAUUGCAAGAGACUCUGAGUACACAGCUCCAACUUGAUGCUGUGAUCCCCUUUGCCUCGCCCAGUAAGAUGACACUAAUCAGAAGAGCCAUAUGGGACUUUGUUCCUGACCAUUGAGACCCCAUUGGGUCAACACAUCUGACAUCACUGCCACUAAGUUAAGAGUGGCAAACGCACCUGGGGUCAUUGGGGUAGCUUAAGAAAGAAGCAUGGGGUUUGAACUGGGCACCAAGAUGGCUCCAUGUAGUUUGGAGACUAACUCCAGAUGCAUUCAAAAACUGGUCAGGGCCAUCCAUCUUCCUAAUGAAGACUGUAAAUAUACAUCACAAUGCCUAAGGCCAUUUAAUACGUUGCACAAAUACUUGUUUUUGGUCCAGUAACACAAGCAUGUGUGUCCCUUGUACUUGGUGCCUUUUCUGUGAGAAUAUACCCCCCUUCCUGCCGCCUCAAAGCCUUGGGAUUUUUUUUUUCUUUUCUAUUUUUUAGGUCUUGCAAAGGAACAUUGCAUUAAGUUAGUAAAAUAGUCACUGUAAUGAGUCAUUUUUAUUUUUGAGGGGAAAUUAACUUAUUUUCCUCUGAUUCUUUUUGUCAUAUUGGGCUGUAAGUGAUUUCAGCUAGAGGGCUACAUUGUAGUAAUCUGUGCGACCUGAGCUGAUGAUGCCUGCGCCUCGUGAUGGAGCCGUUCCGACUUCCUUCAGAAGCUUCCAGGGCAGAAAACUAAUUGGAGUUUUGACGCUGUUUUACAUCUUGGUAAUUUUAUUUUGCGGGCUUAGUGUUACUUCGCUGUCAGAUUAAAUCAGCCUUUGUAUUGUGAAUCUCAGAACAGCACAGAUCAAAUCCCCCAGCAUUCCAAGCGAAUGGGCGGAGGCAAGGUCUGCCCGCCCACUAUGCAGGCCUCAGGUUCCCAGCCGUCCUCUCCUUCCCCUUAAAUGGGAGGGGGAAACUUCCAGAAGUUUACACUGCUCAGUCCUUUACGAUUUUCUACUUGCCGUGGCGACUUUGUACACUUUGUGAUUUCUAGCCGAACUGCUGGCUUAACGCCGUGGUAGUGAUGUUCACGUGACACCUCGUGCUCCCUGCUCCCAGGCCAGGCAGCCAUGAGAAGCACCUGCCUCACACGCGCGCGCAAACAUACUUUCAAAAGGCCUUAUCUGUGAAGAAGUAUGGUCCAGUUUCAAAUAUUUUUCAUGUGACCUUUCCUGUUUUGCUGCUAUUUAAAGAGGAUUUCAAUGCAAGAAAGAGCAGCCUCUCGUUAUUUAGCGUAUGUCUGCGGUCAUCACACGUGUUCAGAAAUAUCUCACCGAUCAAAUCCCAGCCGACAAGCACAGAGGAGCAGGAAAGUGCUAACCACCACCUCUCUAUGCUUCUUUAAAAAAAAAAAAUUACUUAAUUUUUUUUUAAUAGUCCAGUCGUUAUCCCCCUCGGGUCUGCCCUUAGACAGUUCCUCAUCCCAUUCUUCCUGCUAUCUCCAAGCGGAUGUUUCCACUUCCCAGACCCUCCCCCCCCGCCCCCCCCCCAUCUCAGGUCUCCUCAUUCCCUGGGGCCUCAAGACUUUCAAGGUUUUGGUGAAUCUUCUCUUACUGAGACCAGACUAGGUAGUCCUCUGGUAUAUAUGUGUCUGGAGGGGGUGGGGUCAGACCAGAAGGAGAGUGAUGGACGUGUGAUUGGCUGCCCUUUGGAUGACCUGUACCUGAGGAAGGCAGUGGAGGUAGCGAGCCCCGUUGACUGGGUCUUUGGCUGGGAGAUCUUGGUCCCUGUGCAUAGACAUGAAUGAAGCUGAGACCUGGACAGAGGAGCUGAGUGCCUCUGAGGGGCUGGAUCCUGGUGGGAGUGGCUGAUAGAGAAACUUGGGCUCCUUUACAUCUGUGUCUUCAUAGUUUAGAAGUGUCUCCCCCACAGAAAACAUUGCUCUUGAGUUGUCAUGGAAGAUGCUGAAGAACACGCUAGGGAGCUGAUGUACAAAUAUUGUUAGGCUACUCCUGCCAUGCAGUAUGUGAGCUGAGGAAAGGGUCGUCUUAUGCACCCCCCUGGAAUCCCUGAUUUGGGGUUGUAGUCACCCACCUUAUACAUCAGAACUAAUAUAACAAAAAGGCAUAACACUGAGUGGAAGAAAUCAUGUAUGUAGGUGAAGCUGGCUCCUCUGUCUCAGGAGGUAUAGGGCAGCAGGGCAGGACCACUGUCUAGAUCAGUGGUUCUCAGCCCUGUGGGUCAUGAUCCCGGUGGGAGUCAAAUGAUCCCUUCAAAGGGGUCGCCUAAGACUGUUGGAAGGCACAGGUAUUUACAGUAUGAUUCAUAACAGCAUCAGAGUUAUAGUAAUGAGGGAGCAACGAAAAUAAUUUUAUGGUCAGAGGUCAUCACAACACAAGAAACCAUAUUAAAGGGUUGCAUCAUUAGGGAGGUUGAAAACCAUUGUCCUAGAUCCUUAUUUCCAGGGGACAAUGAAGUCCAAGAGGGUCACCAGGCCCACGUCAUAAUCAUAGCUCCAAAAAGCAUGCUGGGAGCUCUGCUUCUUCUGAGCCUCCAUAGCUAGCUGCUGCCCCCCAAGGCUGGAUCUGAUAUAGCAGAAUAUCGAGCGAUUCGAUCUUGGUAACCCCCCCCCCCCCCUGUCUCUUACAAAGCUAGAAAACUUGCCAGACCCACUGGUUCACCUGAUCACUUAGUGCCAGUCUUCCCAGGGGGGGUCAUUUAAUUUAAAUCAACAUGGAUUUAUAAACCCUGUAUUUCAGUAGAAUUUUUGAAAAAGCAAACAAUUAUUUUAAAUGACCUUGGGAGGAACUAGCUACUGAAAAACAUCCUAAAGUUAUAUGUAUAUAUAUAUGUAUAUAUACAUAUAUAUACAUAUACAUACAUACAUACACACACACAUGGUUUGGUUUAGUUUGGUUUUAAUGGGGAGUCCUUUUGAUAAUGCACCAAAUAGUCACUGAUUUUUAUAAAUCUAAUUUUCUUAAGGCAAAAUACAAUUAUAAGAAAAUUGUAAGAAAACUUUUACCCAUAAACCCCCAAACUCAGGUUGGGUUAUUAAAAUAAAAUUCUAGUACCUACCAGUCUAUUUGUUGCUGCAAUUUGAUAAUACUACAAGUGUAUAUCACACGAUGGAUCAGAAAAUACAUGUCUAUUUUUUGGUGCUGGGGAUGUGGCUCAGUGAUCUAGUGCUUGGCUGUCAUGUGUGAUGCUCGGGAUUCAGUUCCCAACACCACACGUAAGAAGCAUGUUAGGACAAGGCCAGCCCACUGCUCGCCAGUGCUGUUAUUCUUAUGCAUCUUCAUGCAGGAGUCUUGAGUAAUCAGUGCCUCCACUUACCCCAUGGAGAUGAGCUGCAGGGCUGCCAGCAUGGACUGAGAGAAAGAGGACCUGGGAUUCUUUGCCACGCAAGUGCCGCUGCUCAUAGUGUCUGAUGCUGGCCACUGACAGUCCUCCUGAACUGCUGUGCCUGGCCGCUUUUUGAGAUGCAUAUAGGAAUAGGUCUCAGCUCUCUACUUGGCCAACUCUUAAAGCUUUGUGAGUUUUGGUGGCUGGCCCGGCCCUCCUUGCUGUGAGGUGCCACCAUGGGAACUGCUUUUCCCUCCCUUAGGACUAAGCUUGGCAUCUCAGAGGAAGCUAAGUCCCAAGAUCAAUGGUGCACAGCUCUCAACUUGUGGUUUAUUUGCAGGGUGGUGGAAGGGGAGAGAUGUAGAAGAGGGAGAAAAAGAGAGAUGGGGGAGAGACAGGUAGGGGGAGCGAAAGGAAAAGACUGAAAAGGGGAGGAGUAAGGGAGGGGGCGGAGGGGGACAGGGAGGAGAGAUAAACAGACGGACCCUCUGGAUUCUAAUGAAAGCAUAUCUGACAACGUGGGGAGUGACUUAGGACUGACUGGAACUUCCCUUUCCGACAUAUUGCCUUCUGAAACUGGGAUCUGAAGUCUUAGUCUCGAACCAGUGGGGUGUGACCACUGUCCUCAACAUGAAAGAUAAAGGACUCUCAGUCUCACGGCAAACUCUUUCCUGGCGUUCACAUCCAUUACUUAGAGUGAACUCAUUAUUCAUUUCUCCCUCAGCACAGAAAUUUGCAUUUUGCACAAAAUUUACCUUGUGCAGCAGAUUCUUACAGUUAUGGGAUGUGGGGCUGCUCAACUUCCUGGCUGAGGGAGGAAGUGACCCAUCUGGCUGGUGACUAUCAAAUUCCUACAACUGUAACAAGGAGUCUUACUCCAAUUAGUCGCCAGUUCAAGAAGCAUUGGCUUUUGAAACACUGUAUUUCCCCAUCUCUUUCAAAACUCAUUACACACAGGUAUCAGGAUGUAGAACAGUGUUGAGUGCUAAAUUUCAACCCUUGUGUGCAUAUUCUCUACACUUUUUAUUCAUGUGGCAAAUGCACAAUUUGGUCUGAAGGGACAUGCGACCAUGUGAGCAUACGGAGUCACCGUGGGGAGAAGAGGAGUCAGGAAGAAGUCAGGUCUGGCUGCUGGGAGCACGGGAGAGUGGCUUGCUUGUUUCUGUACACAGACAAUUCCUUGCUUAUGGUGGGGAAACAUGUGGCUUCUUGGGUAGUGAAUAUCCCCCACUUCUUUCUAUGGUUAAAUUAUUUUGUUUUGAUAAAAAUAAAACUUAAAAAUGAAAA